CCCUUUAUAGGCUGUGUAGGCUAUAUAGCCUGUAGCUGAAGAGGCAGCUGGCCUACCUGGCUUGGGUACCUAAGGCACAUACCAACCCGGUUGGGUGACCUUUGCAGGCUGCUUUUUCCCUCUUCCGAUAACCCCGCACCUCCGACAGCUCGCGGCGUACUUACCCCGAGCCUCCGUAUCGCGUAAGGCGAGGCGCCCCCCUCUCGUACCUGAGGUCCAAACUACGUAGGUACAUACCACACCUACCUAUCUUCGCCUGGCGAGUUCGAUGCUACUCAGGGUUCCGUACGGAGACAGACGACGAAACCGGAGAAAAUUUUCGUUAAGAGACCGCGCGCGAUAGGUAUAGAGAACGAGGCGCGAACACCGCAUCCUAAUUUCCACAGCGUCACGACCCGGCGGGACGGCAGAAGACCGCGAAGGCGAAACCCCCCUCUACCUCUCCUCCGGUCACCCAUCCGCCUAUAGAAUGUGGAAGCCGCACUCGCCGCCGCCGCCGCGGGACACCAAGUCGCCCGACCCAGAAACGAAGCAGCGGGCGGCGCGCCGCUUCGCGCAGAUCGUCAAGCUGAAGCCCGAGUUCGCGGCCAGGUAUAAGGAGGUGCACGCCGCCGUGUGGCCCGAGGUGCUGCAGCAGAUCAAGGUCUGCAACAUCCAAGACUAUAGCAUAUUCUACGACGCCGAGACGGGCAUCCUCUUCGCCUCCUUCAAAUACGUCGGAUACGACUACGCGGGUGACAUGGAGCGCAUGCGAGAGAACCCGAAAGUGAGGGAAUGGUGGGCCAUGACCGACGCUUUCCAAGAGAGCAUGGUCCCCGGCGCGAAGAGCAGCGAGUCCGGCGAGCCGCCGUGGUGGAGGGAGGUCGAGGAGGUAUUCUAUACGGAAUAGUACGACCGACCCCUCGACGGGCCGCGGUGGACCCCCCGGUAGCGGCGACGGCGGCAACGGUAGCAACGGCCACGGUACCGACGGUGCGGAGAAGGGAUGAGAAACAAUUGGAGACGGACAGGUCGAAGCUGGCGCCGGUUUGAGGCAGCAAGACUCGUGGUCUCGGGACGAUCUUCAGCUGUAGCCUGUAGGUACAACGACGGCCCGGACGGGCGUAUGUAGCGGGUACCUGGGGGUCACCUCAUUCUCCAAAUCUCUCGCAAUGUGCAGUAUUGUGGGUAUCCAUCUUCGCGCAAUAUGGACGGAGGGAAGCCGGUUCUUAUAUCCACACACAGGGGGACCUAUGCCAUAUUACCGUCGAACCGGGGUAAAUACCUAUCUGCCUACC